GAACCUCUGCAGCCCUGUAGAUUUGGAAGGCUUAAAUCCAAGUUUGGAAAGGCUUUUUCCAUUCCAGAUGAUUUGCUGGCUUAAGCGCUUAAUUAGGAUGGCUUUUGAACAAGUUGGAUUAAACAUGGACUCAGUGCUUUGGUCAAGCAAGCCUUAUGGUUCAUCUCGAAGUAUCGUACGAAAAAUCGGUACGAACCUCUCUCUUAUACAGUGUCCAAGGGUUCAGUUUCAGCUUACUCCUCAUGCCAAAGAAGGAAGCCAUUCUCAUCAGCCUAGAGAAGAAGCAGUGGCCUCCUUUGCAGAUGUGGGAUGGGUUGUUCAAGAAGAAGGUGAACUCUCUACAAGGCUCAGGUCAGAAGUUUGGUCUAAACCAACCCAGCCUCUUUCAGGUGAUCUACAUCAUUCUAGAAAGUCCCCAUGCAGACAGAUGUCCUUACAAAGCCCGUUGGAAGAAGAACCAGUGUCCAGGAGCAUUGUGACCGCAAAUGAAGAAGCUCUGCAGAAGAUCAGUGCUCUAGAAAAUGAACUAGCCACUUUAAGAGCACAAAUAGCCAAAAUUGUAAUCUUGCAAGAACAGCAGAACUUGACAGCAGUUGGGUCAAGUCCAGUUGCUUCAGCUGCUGUCCCUGCUGCGCCUCCACCAGCACCUCCUCCUCCUCCUCCACCACCACCACUCCCUCCCCCAGGUCUACCACAGAGCAUGUCUGCAAUUGAGCUCAUUAAAGAAAGGAAAAACAAAAAAACAAACUCUGGACAGAAUCUGACAGAAAAUGGGCCAAAGAACUCUAAAGUACCAAACAUGCUAGAAAUCCUCAAAGACAUGAACAGGGUGAAGCUACGUGCUGUGAAAAGAUCUUCAGAGGAUACAAGAUGUAAAGCAGCUGACCCCACAGAUCCUGCAGCACUGAUUGCAGAAGCGCUCAAAAAGAAAUUUGCUUAUCGAUACCGAAGCGACAGCCAAAGCGAAACAGAAAAAGUGAUACCAAAGACUGAGACAAAGAGUGAGGGAGUGCUGUUUGGACCGCACAUGCUGAAGUCUACAGGAAAAAUGAAGACUUUAAUUGAAAAAUCUUAA